GCUCAUGCAUCAUUCACCCCAUGAGAUCUAUAUCUGGCUCCAACUAACAUCUUCAAAAUGGCCGACACUCUCCCCUACAUUUCUAACUGGGUCAAUGGCACCCAUACUGCUGCCAUCACGAACCGCAUCCCCGUCAUCAACCCCGCCAACGAGCUCCCCAUUGCUACCAUCGACGCAACGCCAAAAGAAACCGUUGACCACAUCAUCCACGAGUCCCUCCAAACAUUCCAGAAUGGCACCUGGUCGCGCGCGGAUGUGUCAGACCGAUUCGCCGUCCUCUCCACAGCAGCACGAUUGCUCCGCUCGCGCAUCCCCGAAUUCGUGGAACUCGAAACCCGCCAGACAGGCCGUCCCAUCCGCGAGAUGCGAGCCCAGCUGGCGCGCGUCCCGGAAUGGUUGGAGUACUUUGCAUCCCUGGCGCGCGUCCACGAAGGCCGCGUGACUCCCUUCAAAGGUCCUGUCGUGAACACCCUGACGCGGCUUCCCUUGGGCGUCGUGGCCCUGAUCACGCCCUACAACCACCCGCUCCUCAUUGCGAUGAAGAAGAUCGGUGCGGCGCUGGCAGCGGGGAAUGUGGUCAUUGUCAAGGCGUCGGAGCUGGCGCCGCUGUCGGUGCUGAAACUGGGAGCCCUGUUCCAGGAGGCUGGUCUACCUGACGGCGUGUUGCAGAUUGUCAGCGGAUAUGGAUAUGAGACCGGAAAGUAUUUGUGUGAAAGCCCGUUACUAGCCAAGAUCGACCUGACAGGAGGACUGGCCACAUACAAAGCUAUUGCACCGUCUGCGUCGGCCAACUUGAUCCCCAUCACGGCCGAGCUGGGUGGAAAGGCCCCGGUGUGUUUCUUCCCAAGCAUGGAUGUCGAGCAUGCGGUCAAGGCGGCGCUGUUUGCGAGCUUCAUUGCUAGUGGGCAGACAUGUGUCACGGGGAGCAGAUUGUUGGUACAUGCAGACAUCUACGAUGAUUUCAUUGCGUUGCUAAAGAAAAGGGUCGAGGCCUUGCGACUUGGUGAUCCGUUUGACGACCAGACACAGAUUGGAACUGUCAUAUCUAAGACGGCUGUGGAGAGAUGCUCUGCCUUCGUGGAGAGGGCCGUGCAGGAAGGAGGGAAGAUCAUCUGUGGUGGACAUCCAACCACGAACCAAGACGGAAAAGGGUUCUACUUCCAGCCAACCAUCAUUGAGACUCGUUCACAGACAGAUCUAGAAUGUAAUGAGGUGUUUGGUCCAGUAAUUGCGCUCAUCAAGUGCCAGUCGGAGGAGGACAUCAUUCGCGUCGCGAACGGUUCCUCGUUAGCAUUGGGGGCAUCGGUUUGGACAAACGACUUCAAGCAGGCGCAUCGGGUGGGGGACAAGAUAGAGGCGGGGAUUGUGUGGAUCAAUGGACACCAUCUCAAUGAUCCGUCGUCACCAUGGGGUGGUUUCAAACAGAGUGGCUUGGGGAAGGAGAACGGGCUGGAGGCCUAUGAGAGCUAUACGAAGCUCAAGAGCACCGUGAUCAACUAUGGUGUUCCUCCGGUUUGGUUCGAUGAUGAGCCUGCAAAUGCCCGGUAUGGCUAGGAGCAUGGCAGCAUGGAAAAUUCGUAGAUACCAUUGACUGUUGAUAUUUAUUUGGGCACCAUCUUCCGAAAUAUCAGGAAUAUCUUCACCAUUGUCAUCAGGCCUUUAACGUACAGAUAAUCGAGAUUGAUAGGAUCUGUAAUCAGCGAGCUCUCAUCUGGUGUCUUUGUAUUGCAUUGCAUGGAGCUUCUCUCCUCCUAUACAAGGUAAUAAUAAAUGUUAGGACACGAAGCCGAAGAAAACAAG